UACACAUCUUAAUCUUGCAUCAAAACAAAUGGGUGAAGAAGGGCAAGUGAAAGUAUUAAAGGAUAGUAUUGAAAGAAGGUCGAGAGUGAUGAUGGUUGUGCCAUUAUUGAGGGUUGUGGCGUUGUUUGCCACUGCUACUGCUACAAUUGUCAUGGCUCUUAACAAAGAGGCACACACUUUUGUUGUUGCCACGGUUGGUAAUACUCCCGUCAAACUCACCCUCACUGCCAAGUUCCAGCACAACCCUGCCAAUGUAAUGUUUGUAAUCGCUAAUGGGGUGGCGACUCUUCACAGUCUCUUGAUGCUAUCACUCUGUUUUGUUAGCAACAAAUAUGAUUUGAAGGGCUUGCGCUCUGUAACUGUCGCUACAUUGGACAUGAUGAUGAUUGCAUUAGUAUCUGGAGCAACUACUGCAACUGUUUUCAUGGGCGAGCUAGCAAGACAUGGAAACUCCCAUGCUCGUUGGAAUAAGAUCUGCAACAAUUUCGAACGAUAUUGUAACCAAGGAUCUGGCGCUAUAGCUGCCUCUUACAUCGGGAUCUUGUUCUUAAUGAUUGUCUUUGUGGUUAACAUCUUUAGACGUGAACAAUUGAACAUCAUUAAAAAUUCUAUGUGUGCAUGAUGGAUAUGAUGUCAUUGUUUAUGAGUAUGAGUUGUGUAUUUAUUGUUGAAAAUGAAUGUUCGUACCAUUUACUACUUAAGGAUUUCUUAUGCUAAUAGUUAUUUUCGUUUUCUGGUUUUUCUUUGUUAAGUUGUGUUUUAUUUAAUUUGUACCAUAUAUAAAAUGUAACUAGAAAAAGAAUCUUGAACUUCA